UUUUCAUUUUCUGAUUGUUGCUUAUGAAUUUGGAUUUAGAUAAGCCAAGAGAGUGUUUUGUACUUGGUGAAGUCAUGAAAUGCAUUUAUCUUGGAGUUGGUUGAUCAUAAUUCUCAUCAUCUUUAAUUUAUUGUUUUUUUUGGAUCAUCAAACAAUUGGUUUGGUCUUUGUGAAUUGGGAGAAUGGCAGCACAAGGUGAAUGGCAUUGUGAAAAGAGGGCCUUCUCCAAAAUUGAAUCUUUUGCAAGAGACAAUGAAAAUAUGACUGAAACUGGAUGCCUGUCGAUUAUCGUUCUUGGUGCUUCUGGUGAUCUUGCUAAGAAGAAGACAUUUCCCGCUCUUUUCAAUCUUUACCAGCAGGGAUUUUUGCAAUUGAAUGAUGUUCACAUUUUUGGCUAUUCAAGAACUAAACUUCAUGAUGAUGAACUGAGAGAGAGAAUUCAAGGGUAUCUACCUGUUGAGAACAAAGUCAGCAGCAAUGUCUCCGACUUUCUACAGCUGAUCAAAUACGUGAGUGGCGCCUAUGAUUCCCGGGAAGGGUUUCAAGAACUAGACAAGGCGAUAUCUGAGCACGAAACAUCAAAGAAGAGUCGAGAAGGAUCAAGUAGGAGGCUUUUCUACCUUGCUCUCCCUCCAUCAGUGUAUCCACAAGUCUGCAAAAUGAUCAAGACCUUCUGCACGAACAAAUCUGGUCUUAAUGGAUGGACACGUGUAGUACUUGAGAAGCCGUUUGGCAAGGAUUUGGCUUCGGCUGAGGAUAUGAGUGCCCAGAUAGGGGAAUUGUUCGAUGAGCCACAGAUUUAUCGUAUUGAUCAUUAUUUGGGAAAGGAAUUGGUGCAAAACUUGUUGGUGCUUCGUUUUGCAAAUCGCUUUUUCCUACCUCUUUGGAACCGAGACAACAUUUCCAACGUGCAGAUUGUGUUUAGAGAGGACUUCGGAACUGAAGGCCGCGGAGGGUAUUUUGAUCAAUACGGGAUUAUCAGAGACAUUAUCCAAAAUCAUCUAUUGCAAAUUUUUUGCCUUGUUGCUAUGGAGAAGCCGGUUUCCACGAAGCCCGAGCAUAUUCGUGAUGAGAAAGUGAAGGUUCUUCAAUCAGUUAAUCCAAUCAGAGACGAAGACGUCGUGCUAGGUCAGUGUAGAGGCUAUAAGGACGACCCAACGGUUCCCGAUGACUCAGUCACCCCGACUUUUGCAACAGUGGUUCUACACAUACACAAUGAAAGAUGGGAAGGUGUGCCGUUUAUACUCAAGGCUGGAAAAGCUUUGAACUCGAGGAAGGCAGAGAUUCGGGUUCAGUUCAAGGACGUGCCAGGCGACAUAUUCAAGUGUUCAAAACAAGGAAGAAACGAGUUUGUGAUCCGUCUUCAGCCCUCGGAGGCCAUGUACAUGAAGCUAACAGUGAAGCAGCCUGGCUUGGAGAUGACUGCUACUCAGAGUGAGCUCGACUUGUCCUACAGGCAACGGUACCAAGGGGUUGUCAUUCCUGAGGCGUACGAACGCCUCAUUCUUGAUACAAUAAAAGGUGAUCAACAGCAUUUUGUGCGCAGAGAUGAGUUGAAGGCUGCUUGGGAGAUUUUCACGCCUCUUCUUCACCGGAUAGACGAGGGUGAUUUGCAGCCACUAGAAUACGAACCGGGCAGCCGGGGCCCGGCUGAGGCGGACAAGCUACUAGAGAAGGCCGGUUACGUGCAAACACACGGCUACAUAUGGAUUCCUCCAACCUUGUGAUGGAAUACAUCCAAACAGUACUUGAUGUAUUUUCAUUCAAAUUAUUCAGAUUUUACCCAAAGUUGAUAAUAUUAUAAUAAUUAUGU